AUGUCAGAGAAUGGGGGAAUUUCCCGAAGAAAUGAGAUACCUUUGCAAAAUAUCAUGGAAGUUGAAGUUUUUUAUUGUUGGGGUAUUGAUUUCAUGGGUCCAUUCCCUUCAUCCGCAGGGAAUGAAUAUAUUCUGGUGGCUGUUGAUUAUGUGUCUAAAUGGGUGGAAGCUAUGGCCACAUCAAGGAAUGAUGCUAAGACAAUGCUAGUGUAUGGCAAAUCAUGUCAUUUACCGGUUGAAAUGGAACACAAGGCAUAUUGGGCUCUAAAAUUUCUGAACUUUGAUGAGAAGAUGGCAUCGAGAAAGAGAGUAAGAACUGAAGACAUCCCUUCAUCUUCCAACCUACCUCCUCCAACAGCAACCAUGGAACCAGAUGCCCAACAAGCACAUCCCAUAAUUCCUAUGUUGCAGAGCUUAUUCAGGGGGCAGCUAAUAAUUCUUCCUCUAGGGAGACCCCCUGAGGUUGUUCCUUCUAGUCCUGUACCAGCAAGGACAGAGCCAAGACCAACUGAGCCACAACCUCCAGUAGUAGAUCCACUUGCUUCUCCAGAGGUUGAGAUACUAUCUCCUCCCCCAGCUCCACCGACACCACCUCUGAUAAUCAUUCCUGAUGACUCAGGUGAUGAAGUUGCUGCUCCUCCUAAUUCACCAACCUGCUACCUAGAGGAUGGUUCAGACUUUUCUGAUUGGAUGGACUACUGA